AGUUUAGUGCCAUACGUUCGCGUGUUUUUAGAUUUCUAAAUAUUCCAACAUGAUACCGAAAUUAAUAAUUUCCAUAUCUUUGGUUUAUUUAAUUUCGCCUGUAAUAUGUUAUAUUGAUAUUCGUGCUGAUGGUGAUGAUAGUGAUAACGGCAGUUUUAACAUAAGGCUAAAUCGGCAAAAGACUGCUUUCGAACAACACUUGAACAAUGCUCACAUACUGAAGAAACACAACAUUGAUUUUUACUCGUUGUACAAAAAGCAUCACCACAAAGCCAAUAAUAGGACUAAUGAUUCAAUUGCUUUAUACCGUUAUAUUGAUAAUGAAUUCUAUGGGAAAAUUGUAAUUGGUCAUCCAGGACAAACAUUGAAUGUAGCUUUUGACACUGCCUGGAGCUUGUCUUGGGUUUUAUCAUCCGAAUGCAGUGGUAGUUUUAGCUUAACAAAUAUUGGAUGCUUAUUCCACAAUACCUACAAUCAUAAGAGGUCGUCCGAAUAUAGACCUGAUGGAAGAAAAAUUGUUGUGCCAGAUGGAAAUUCUGAAUUGAGUGGAUAUUUUUCUUUUGACAAUAUUUCAAUUGCUCAUUCCAAUGUAACCGAUUUUUCUUUUGUUGAAAUGACCAAGGUGCCCUUCAAUUUACUUUUCAGCAAAAUAGAUGGUGUUCUAGGACUGGGAUUACAAAACGAUGCCUACAAACCAUUCUUUUAUACACUACUGGACCAAGGAAAAAUUAAGGAACCUAUUUUCACCGUUUAUCUAAACAGAGAUAAACAAUCUGAUCAUGGAGGCAACGUUAUAAUGGGAUUUAUUGAAAUGAGACAUGUACAUUCAAGAAAAGGCCCUAACAAUGAAACUAUUUAUGAUCCUAUUAAGUAUAUGCCAGUCAAGCCAGGAUAUCUUUGGCAGUUUGAUCUAGAUAGUGUAUACAUUGCGAAUGCAUCAGGACCGAUCAUAAGAUUCUGUACCAGUGGAAAAUGCAAUGCAAUCACUGACACCAGCUCGAAUAAUAUUUUAGGACCUCCAGCAGAUAUUGAAGCGAUUCAUGCCGCAAUGGAAGCAAAACCCUUCUAUUUGAAUAGAUCUACUGUAAAUUGUGAUACCAUUAACAAACUUCCUGUAAUCAACUUUACAAUCGGAGGACAAGAUUUUAUGUUGAAGGGCCGUGAUUAUACAGUAAAAUUGUCCUAUUUAUCGAUCACAAUCUGCCUGUCAGCCUUCGUUCCUCACGACUACACUGACUUUUGGGUUUUGGGUGGAGCCUUUUUGUCUGAAUAUUAUACCAUUUAUAAUGUACAAGACAAGAGGAUUGGAAUUGUUAAAGCAGCUUAAGAUAUGGAAUAUCGCUUUUGUUUACGCUUAUUUGUAGUGUAUAGAAAUCUGUUUGCAAAUACUGAAUUUCUUAGUUUAAAGUUGCCAUAUUGUCUCAUCUUUUAAGUAGAGAUUCACUGUUUGCAUGCAGCCCAUUUUAGUAGGCAUGCUUUUUAGUACUUGAGGUAUUAUAUAUUUUUAAUUUUUCAACCUGUUUUAUAUAAAAAUUAAAUUUAUCAACAUUUAAUAAAACCGAUUCUUCAUUUAA